GGCCGUGCCCGGCGGGGCCAUGGUGCCCGGGCGGCGGCGGCUGUGAGCGGGCGGCGCCAUGGGCUGCGGGGGCAGCCGGGCCGACGCCAUCGAGCCCCGCUACUACGAGAGCUGGACGCGGGAGACCGAGUCCACCUGGCUGACCAACACGGACUCCGAGAGCCCGCCGGAGGGCGGCAGCGCCGAGGGCCCCGGCCGGGAGCAGGGCGGCCCGCGCCCCGGUCUUCUGGAGGAUGGGAAAUUGGCUCACACAGCUGUAUCUACAGCAUCAGCCACAGCUGGAAUGCUGAAUGCUGAGAAGAGGAACAACUGUGGCUCUCAGUGUGCAAACCCCACAGUCAUGGGAACGACAGCACAGAGACAGAAUGGCUUCAGGACCUCAGAGAGUAAAUGGGACACACAGAAAACCUCCACACAAGAAGUCGCCAUUAAUGUUACAAAAGGCAUCAGACAAAGUGACAGAAGAAAAACAAAGAAUUGUGCCAAUUAAUGAAGAAAAUUGCAGAUGCAUUUUUAUCACAGGGUGAAUUUAAGCUGCCAGAUUUCUUAACUCCAAUACCUGCUCCUGGAUCCUGGUCCCAGACCAUCUGCUCUGCACAUGUGGCACAUGUGCAAGUUCACCUCUGGAGAACACACAGGAACAAAUCAACCAGUUCCCUCUGCAAUGAAACUGUGCUGGUCCAGGACAUCUUCAGUUGCAAAUUUAUCAUCUUUUCUUAUUAGCUCAGGAUAUCCUCAUUUAUGUCUUCUUAGUUCUUUGGACUGCUCCUCUCCCAAUUCAUGUUGGGCUUAUCCAAUAUGCUACAACAGUCAGUGCCACUCAGAUAUAUUUCUGUGCUCUCAAGAACCUGUUGGAGAUUUGCUUGAGCAAGUCCAGGUGACCACUUUUAUGAUAUGUGCAGUAUAAUAAAACAUAUCUUGACAGUGCUCUCAGAUUGUCUGUUGUACUCUUAGAAAAGUAAUAGCACCUUCCACCUCUGCUGGAUAUUUGUGAUAUCGUUGAGAUCAAAAGAAAUAAUGAUUCCCAUCUUUACAUGACAGACAAGUUUAAGCUUUGCUUACACCAGAGCAAUUCAGUAUAAUUUUUUUAUACUCUAGGAUUUUUUUCCAUAUAUCUAAAACUCAGUGGCAAUAAAUCUAUGUGACAUCUUUCUCCUUCCAUUAACUGACCAUUUUGGUUGCACUUAGCAGAGGUAAGUUCUGAUUCAAGAGACACUAAUUUUCACCACUACUAAGGCCAUUGCAUACCACAUUGUCUACUUUGUUAGCAUAAAAACUUUAAAGUGAAUAUGGCUUGCACACUCUCUACACUUUAUAUUGGCAUUGUGAUAUAAAGUGACUUAACUGCAGUUUCUAGAAGAAACCAUGUUACUUUACUACAAAUUACUAUGAAAGUAGAAAGCUCUAGUAAUGCAGUUUUGUUUGUCUUCCCUUUUUAUUGCUUUCAAAUUCAGAAGCAGGUUAAAACCAGCAGUUCAACUCACACAGCUAGAGCUCCUGAAUAUAAAGCAACUUUAGAUUCUUCCAAAUUGGUAGAGAUUUGAGAACUCGUUCCUGGCAUUCAACAGUUUCACUUACACAGUUCUUGUAGUGCUCAAACAAAAGCUAAGCUAAAUUAUUCACUUUACUCCCAGGAGUGAAGAAACCUUGCAUUUGCUAGUGACUGAGGAAACAUCACAAUGCAAUUGGCAGAGAUGCAGAAACACGUAUAUUUUGACAGAAAAGGCACAGAGAGGAGAAUGGAACAAGGAAAACAUACAAAUUAUGAAAUUAUGGGAAUGUCAGUCCAUUGGAUAAAAUAAUUGUUCUAGUUAUACCUGUAUAAAUCAAUGAAUACAUUAAAAUUUUUGUUAUGAUAACAGAAUUUUUUAUUUCUAUUAAAAUUGUUAGUAUCUGUUUUUAGGAUAAAUUACUCCCCAACACUUGCUUAAACAGUUUCAUCUGAGUUUUUCUAAGGAAGUUGAAUUAAUUUGGUGCAAAAUAUAAUGAGGCAUGUGUUUGUAUAAUGCAAGUGAAAAGAGGAGAAUAGAAAAAAAUAUGCUGUCUGUUAUUUAAUCAGUCCCUUUGUUCAAGAGCAAAUAACAGCUCGAGUGGUGAAGAAUGAAGUUUCUAAGUACUUUAUGCUAGCUGUUGUGACAUCUGAUGCACAAAGAAGAGACAGGACAAUUGAAUUUAUGAAGGAUUUAUGAAUCCAAGGGCCCAACUGACAAAUUCUAGUAACAUUAUCUCAAUUGCAUUUCCAUCAGAAAUUGAAUUGGGUGAGUUAAACUGAUUUUUUUACUUGUCUAUCGAUUUUGCUCUACUGACAUUUUGAAAGGGUCCUGGGAGCUGUAUUACAAUACUUUUGGUAUGGAAUAUUUUUCUCUUUCUGACCUCUGUAAAAAGGGUUGUCAUCUCUGGAUAUCUAUGCUCCUCUUUACAUGGAUUGGUUGGCCUAUUCCUUUAAGUAUUGUCAGUAUCCUUAAGUCUGUAGUGGCUCCCAACCAUCGUCAACCUUUCUAUCUUGCUGCUCAGCAGACCUAUGGCCUCUGCUACUAUGCUGGGAUUAUUUUGCCUUCAUUUUCCACCGCGAAAGUUCCAGAAGGAUGUGCACUUCCAGCAUAUCAUGAUACAAAUUGAACCUUUUGGAUGGUUCUUAAACUGCCUGAAAGUUUGAGCUAAGGAUCAUCAGUGCAUGAGGUGGCUGUUGGUGGCACAGGAUGACUCACUGUGGUCUUUUGUGCCCAUAUGGCCCAGCACGGGUAGAAGUGCAACUCAUUGCAGUGCAGGACUAAAAUUAAAGCCCUGAGAUGGACUUGGGAAACAGUUAAAUACAACAAUUAGCAGUUAUCCAUUGCUAAGUCAUUGUCCUCUGCUACUGGAAGGCUCUGAAUUGUGUUCUAUUUCAGGACAAGGGCACCACAUCAUGCACAAGAGUGUCUCCAUGGAAGAGGACAUGGACAUCUCUAUCAUUCAAGGGCAGUUUGGGUCCUCAGAGGACAAAGAUAACAGUGAUGAUUAGGCUGCUGUUGGUAAGGAAGGCCUGAGAACUUUCCAAAGAAUCCUAAGUGUCUCUUUUUCUCAGAAGGUCUCCAGGAUCCAGGAGCUGAUGGCAUGAAUGCCUUUCACUUUCUGUUUUUAAUAGGGAAUGCUUUAUAGAUACUUCUCUGCCAUAAACCCUGUCUGGAAAACAACACCAUAGGCCUUUAUGAUCCAGUGCUCUGAGAAGGGUGGGUUCAGAUUCCUGUGUCACAGAGAGGCACAAAUCCCACCAGGUAUCUCAGGUUUGCCUUUUCUCAUUGCUUAUAUGCCACAUUUUGCUUUGCUUUGCCAUUUUGGAUGUUUUGUAAGAUCCUUAGCAAUUGCCCACAGCUGAGCUUUAUAAUUGCCAUCCCCAUCCAGCAAGUAAACUCUCACCCAGCAUCCCAUACACUCUUCUCAGAGAAACAAAGAGCCUCCUGGCCUUCCUCCUCUGCUUCUCAUAUUUAUGCUUUGGAGAAUUCUGUCCCUCUGUCCCUGUUGGCUUCUGGCCUUCCUUCUCUAUCUGAAGCUUUAAUUUCUAACUUUUGGCCUCCUCUUUCACCUUCAAGUUGAACACACUCACUUAUAUGUCACAAAGUCCAAGAAGGGAAAUGAAAGCAUAAACAUAAAAUCAGUACACUUUGUACAAAAGUCAUGUAACAAUACAUGAGAGUAGUGAUUAGCCCCUUGUCUGCCUCCUUGUGUCUCAAAUUGUCUGCUGCCAUAGUUGAUGAUAUCUGUGAAUUACUGAAACUCUGGUAUGCCAGAUGGGAAGACAAAUUUGAAUGUUAACUAGAUGUAGUCAGACAAAAAGCAUUUUUAUAGUUAGACCCAAUCCCUUGCUAAUGAAGUAUUUUUUCCUGUUUAUGACCUACUGUGAUUACUACUGAUGCAUACUAAAAUCUUUCCUCUCUUAUUCAUUAUUGGUUUUGGCUAUUUUAAUUUUUUUGCCUGACAAUAUUCCAUGUUCCACUUGCCCCAUCCCUGCAGAUGUUCAAGGCCAGGUGGGAUGGGGCUCUAGGCAACCUGGUCUAUUUGAAAAUGUCCCUGCCCAUGGCAGGGAAAUUGAAAUGAGAUGAUCUUUAAGACGCACUUACAACCCAAACCAUUCUAUAAUUCCAUGAUUUUAUUUUCUGCUAUAAUUUGUACUUGAAAUGUGUUCACAGUCACACAGUUGUCUCCAUUAUCUGACUACAAAUUCCUGGAUGGAAAGGCUUAGUUUCCAGACAUUGACUGGUUAUAUGAUGGUUGAUCUUAAACACCAAGGAUGAAAAAACACAGAAGGAGACUAAGAAAAUGAGUUUUAUAUAAUUUGGAAGUCUUAAAAGCGGUCACCACUAUCUCCCAGGACAUGGUAUAACUUGUUCCAGAACCCUAUUUUGCAAAUCCUAAUUGAAAACAGUUAUGCUGACACAAGUCCUGGAAUGUAGCAGGUUUUAUUAACCUGAGAAAUUAGUUCUUAGGUGGUUAUACUUACUAUAAGAUCUGAAGUGUGACUCAUUUUUUUUAUUGUGCAUUGAUCUCAGGCAAAACUGUAUGUCUCAGUCGAAAACAUCCUUAAUAUUUUGCAUGAUGUUUCUAUUUACAAUAGCUUAGGAGCACCUGCAAACAGGCUUAGGAAAAGCAUUAUUUUUGAGCAUUAAAACCAUUAAUAAAAUCAGUUUUUGUUGUCAUAAACAGUGACCAAAAAAAGACAGAAAAUGACUUGUUGUUCCCUUUGUAAAGAUAAUGCAUACAGUGAUCAUUACACUUUCUAAUAAAUUUUCUACACAUUUCCAAUAACUUUAUUCCACAAGUUUUAAAAGAAAUGCUAUUAAAGAAAAUGAGAAGCAAUAAUAAUGGAAAAUGUGUGCUUCUUAUCUGAACUUCUUCCUUCACAUUUUACCAAAUAGUGAAUCUGCUACUCCAGAAAUUCCACUGGGAGGAGGUGUUGAGAGGAUGUAUUUGCAGGCAGAUCUGUUUUAUUUUGACAAGGUACUCUGUUACGUAGUUCACCAGAACCUGUGAAAUCCCUACAACACAGAAUGAGGAUGAUGAGGAGAGAUGAUACAGUAGCUUGUUAAGGGAUGGAUAUAAUUACCAGUGUCCUGAAACACUUCUGUGGAUGUUCAUUAGUCUGCCUUUUACAGGCUGACAUGAAUCACCUUGUAGUAGGUGCCUCUGAACUUCCAAAGCUAUUGUUUUCUUGUAUCUCUAGCAUGCUCACAUUUCAAUAAAUAUCUUGAACUACCAUCUUAAAGAACAGCAUUUGAAAGGUGUGUGAAGUCAAUCCUGUGUUGCUGUGAGGACACAACACUUUCAAAGUCAAGCAGCCAAAGCUGCCCUUCAAUGUUCACAGCCUAUUUUUAUACUGCCUUCAAAAGCCUCAUGUUUAAUUGGUUAGUAACUUUCUUGCCACUCAAUUCAUUGGUUCAUAGGUGCUCAUGUGUAUAUGUGCUAAGGCCCUCUUCUUCAGCAGAUGUUCGCAUUUUUUCUUCAUGGAUUCUCAUGGGAUAGACUUCUUAUUUUCACAGGUGUCGGACAGUUUUCAUGAGCAAUGGCUGAUGUGCUUGCAGGUUCUCAUGGGACAGGCUCGCUGUUAGCUAUACUUAUCUGAAGUAACAAGGCCUGAACCAUGGUCUUACAAGGCCUUUCUUUUGUAGGUUUUACCUAUGUGUGACACUCCUGCUUUGAUAAUUGCACACUGUAUUGAAAUGGGCAGUUCACCUCAAAUUAAUGGGUUGAUGUUUUGGAGGGAGUAAAACCCAAAGCUACAAUAAGCCUCUUAAACCGUAAUUUUCUGCUUUGCUGUCAGAAUCACCUACAGAUUGCCUGUCCACGCUAACAGACUGCUUGGUUUGUAUCAAUCUUUUCCAUAGUACCCAUGCUCUGAAAUACAGAUUUCUUUUCCCCCUGCCUGUGUGACAUUGUCUAAGGCGAGUUCCACUCCAGCCACAGAAACAAUGGGACAAGAGGAGCUCUGUCAAGAAAAACACUCACUGCUGCUGCUAUCAUUACUGCCACCCACCCAGAUGGGCUGCAGAUUUAUCAGGAGUGAAGGCAGCUGCUAAAGAUCCACAAGGAAUAAGGUGUCCUUGGCCUUAAACUGUUAGGACAGUUUACUCUUCACAAGCAUACUUCCUGUUUAGUUUGCAUUGUUCUUAAUAUCCGAGGCUAGGUGAGGUAACCUGUUUGGAAAGAAAUACUAUUAGCAUAAUCACUGUUUUAUUAAAGCAAUGCUGUGAAGGCAUGCUGUUGUCAUUUACAGACAAAUGAAAGAUGAGAUCUUUCUUGAGAUCUUUCUUACAUCAAAGAAAUCAACAUCUUCUUGUGUGUGGGUGCCACAACCCACACAGCUGGAAUAUUUUGGAGGACUAAAGUCUAAAUAACAUACUUUGUUCACGGAAGAACAUGACAUGUUCUUGUUCACAAGAACAUGACAAGUACCCAGUAAUGUGGUUAAUACACAGCAAUGCACCAACAUUCUGGCUUUCUCUAUAUGAUUCCUUCACUUGUCUCCAUUGCUGUAGUGAGUUGAGAGGGGUGAGUUACAGUUUAAAGGCUUUAUGGAAGAAAAUGUUAUAAACAAGUUUUAAGCUGACACAGCUGCAAUGAGACUGCAGAAGUACACAGAAGGCACUAACUCCACAAUGACUGGAUUUUCUAAAUAACUGGGAAAUUACUGUAAGACAUCUUUGUGUUCUUCCUCAUGAGCUUAUGUAUUCAAUUACAUGGCAGAAUUUUGACUUCAGACAAACAUUCUGUUCAUAAACUAUAUCUGUAAACAAAAAAGUAUAAAUUAUGUCAA